AUGGCAGAUAUUAGCUUUGUGGUGAUGUAUCUAGAAGCUGUGCCUCCGAUCGGGUUCGUCCUCUCUCUCGUUUCCCUCUUAUCUCCAAAUCGUUUUGCAAUGUCCUGUAUAAAUAAAAGAGGAGAAUCAGUGGAAGAUAAGAUUAAAAAGCUUGAUGUUGAGCUCUGGAAAUACAGAGAGCAAAUUCAAAAGACACGAUCUGGUCCUGUUCAACAAGCUCUCAAAGCUCGUGCUAUGAGGCUUCUCAAGCAGAAGAAAAUGUAUGAAGGACAACGCGACAUGCUUUAUAAUCAUACAUUCAAUCUCGAUCAAGUCUCUUUCGCUGCUGGAGGUCUCAAAGAUCCUCAACAAACUGCAAGUUACUUAGCCUCGCUGAACCACGAGGAGACAAGGCUAGCGGUUGCAUGCGAGAGAACGUUUCUUGAAAUGCUGGAUGGCUCAUGCCGUAGUACUCCUAUUGCUGGAUACGCCGCCAAGGACGAAGAAGGAAACUGCUAUUUGAGAGGACUGGUUGCAUCUCCUGACGGUACUCAAGAUAUGAAAGCAUUCCUAAUUCUCGACACCUCAAGAAAAGGUCCAUAUGUGUUUGAGGACAUGGUGAAGAUGGGAAAAUACGCUGGUCAAGAACUGCUUUCGCGUGCUGGUCCAGGCUUAUUUGGCAACUAA